AAAUGUGGCCGAAAUAUAGCCAAGCCGCCACCACUAACCAACAUAUUGUUGCCGGCAUACCAAAGUUUUUCAAAAAUUCCCUUGCAAAGGGGAGUUCAAGUGCGAUACGACUUAAACGCGGUAGUUGGCUAGCUUGGCAGGUGGCGAGCAUGUUCCCCGCAUACAGCGGCACUGCCGCCAAAAAGAAGGACGACAGGAGCGCACCCGGUAAGGAAAAAGACGUCGAAAGGCCGCCGCCAAGCGGAGUAGAUUGGAGGAACAACAGCAGCUUCGGCGUGGAUGCGCCGGCGGAUGACAAGGCAGAAAACGGGGACCGGCCCCAGUGGGUCAGCUCCGACGACUCGGAGUCUUCCGCCCAGAGCGAGGCGGAGGAUGAGUCAUCCGCAGAAGAGACCCCGCAGAUCACGGCUGGGCCGUCUGCGUCCACACAGCUGCGCCUGGACUUCGACGGCAAGGAAACGUUCUAUGUGGACAAGAAGAGCAACAACACGUUCCGCUCCGCAAGCGUUAGGAGCCUAACCAGGCCGACCAAGCCCACCUACCGCAUCUGGAUGAAACGCCUCACCGAUUGGUCCCCAGGCCUGAGGCCGAGGCGCUUGGAACGUUCCAGGAACCGGCGCUACAUCAGGGGCGUGGCCUCCGGCGCCGACGACAAGCCCUCGGAGCUGGAGGUGCAAAAGCGCCAGGAGGAGCUCAAGGAGCUGAAGGUGGCCGUCCAGCGGGAGCCGCAGUGCGAGGCCCACUGGCUGAGCCUGCACCGCAUGCUGGCCCUCAACCUGGACAAGGCCAACCGGCUGGCCGUGUCCGAGCACCAGCUACAUUCCCUGGAGGAAGCCCUCGCCCACCACCCGUCCAACGAGCGGCUGCUGCACCUGUACACGGAGACCGCGGCGGCCGCCUAUCCAGCCAGCCAGGUGGCAAUCCUACUUGAACGUAUGUUGGAAAAAAACCCAUUCGAAUAUACCCUUUGGACUUCUCUGAUCAUGGCCACUCAAGGGACCAUGGCCCGUUGCAACGUGCCCGACGUGAUGCGCAUCUACGAGAACAGCAUGCGCCGCAUGCACCUCGGCCACACCGACGCCUCGAGCCAGAGGUUCGACUCAGUGGACACAGAUCCCAUCAUGAUGAAGCUCUUCAACAACUGCUGCCUGUUCCUGCGCCAGUCCGGCAACUUCAACCAGCUCUUCGGCCUCAUUCGCAUGUCCGUGGAGCUCAACUUCCCCGACCAGGCCAUGGACUUCCUGGAGGCAACUGCCGCCGACGAGCAGCCGCUGAUCGAGUUCGAGGAGCUGGUGCUGAGCUCGGGCCUACCUAUGGCCCAGAUAUGGAUUCGUGUAGAGCUGCUGCGUCAGGCGUAUCACUACCUGCCGUAUCCCCAGAUGCGCCACUCGGAGGCCGACGCCGUGGAGGGCGGCCUGGACACCCAGCGCUUCGUGUUCAGCUCGGACGUGUGCCGCUACGCCUAUCCGCUGAAGGCCCCGGACAACAGACUGCAGCUCAUGCUGCUGGUGGUUCAGCUGCUCAAGAUGCCGGUUAGCACAUCCGAAUGCCUUGCGGAGAGGCUCGGCACUCGCACCGACCAGUUCGGCGACUCGGACGCCGUGGAGAUGAUGCUGGCCGGCCUGGCGGAGCGCAGCUCCUACGCCGUGCCCAUUGACCAAAGCCUAGACUUCGCGAAGGCCCUGAUGGCCCUGGCCAAAGACCUGAGCGUCACCCCGAGCUACUUGCCGCACAUGAUCGGCAGCGAGCUGUACGCAGCGACCGUUGGAAAGUUCCUGCUGAGUGCUGCGGCCGCCUUCCGCCCGGCUGAGCCGAGGCGCCAGAUCUUCGUCGUAUUGUGGUUCCGUCUGCAGCGCAUCAUCCUUCUUGCCGGAAAACUAUCCGGGAAGAUGGAUGCUGGUAAACUGCAUGAUAUGCGCUGCGCCGUGCGCCACAUGGUGGCACGGGACGAGAACAGAGACGUGGCCCGCAUGUUCGUCGAAUAUGGCACCUGGGAAUUUGAGCGCCUGGAGCGCGACGACGAUCCCGAGAGGGCCUUCAAAAUCUUCAUGAAACUCAUUCAAGCUGGUGCUGAGGAAGGCGAGUUCCUUACUUGUCCGCAGAUGAUGCUUGCCUACGUUGUCUUUGCCGAGAUGCUGAUGGCCUACAACCGCCGCGAGCACGCCCUCCAUCUGCUCUGCUGCAUGAACAUGGGCGUGGUGGUGGACACUCUCAGCCAGGAGGAAGCCAAGAGAGCGACACGCACCUCCAACCGCGGCCUGGAGCUCCUGACAAACGAGGUGCGCGCUCUGGAUGGGAUGUCGCCGACGAUGCUCCUGGAAGAGUACUUCCAGCCCCACAAGCUGGUGCUCUAUGCGCGCGCCCGCUGCCUGAUGCUGUGCCUGUUCAGCCGCUUCGAGGAGGCCAACAGUCUGCUGCUCGACCUGCUCGCGGAUCCUCUGUCCCAGGCCAAGGCCCAGACCAGCGAGAGACGUCGCUUCCUGCGCGAGCAGCUGAUGGAGCUGCGUAUGACAGUGCUGCAGUUGCCCACUCCGGCGCUCUUGCCUCUGGACUCGACCGACGCCGAGGCUCGUGAGGCACCAACUCCAAGCCUCGUGGCUGCCAGGGGCAAGCUGCUCGUGUCGUUGGUGCGGUCGGGCCUCGAGGAGUUCCCCCGCAACAUGGCCAUGCUCCUGCGCUGGUCCACGUUCUCCACCCUGGAAUGGCACAAGCUUCGCGCCCAGCUCAUCCGCACCGAGGCGGGCGUCGCCUCGCUACUGCACAUGGUGGUGGCCUCCAGCUGCCGCUUCGGCGCAUCGAUGCAGCAGGCCGUGGGAGCCGGAGGGCUGCAGGUGCACAUCCAGACCGCCGUGCGCAACCGCGUCAUAAGCAUGUUCGAGACGUUCCUGCCGACCAACCCGCACCGCACCGAGGUCGAGGCCCGGCAGUGGGCGGUCUUGCGGAAGAACUCGCUCUACUGGCGCCUCUACCUGCGCUGCCUCUCCGACGUGAACGCCAGCUUCGAGCGCAGCAAGGAGUGCCUGCUGUCCGCUCUGGACGAGUGCCCCUGGGACAAGGCCAUCUACAUCGACGGGGCCACCCACGUGCCGCAGGAGCUGGGCCACCUGCAGGACCUGAUGAUCGAGAAGCAGCUCCGCAUGUUCGCCGUGCCCGAGGAGCUGGACAUCCUCCGCCGCCUCUAAUUCGUCCCACGAAUCAGCCCUCGUUAUAUAUUUCGUUACUUUUUCGCCCACAAUAAAUGGGUUUGCAUCUGGUUA